AUUACUUCUUUACCCCUGAGCAAACACGAAUUUCAGUUGGGUGCGUCCUCUUUUUGCAUUAUUUUGUCUUAAUUUCGUCAUCAUUUAUUCAAAAUUACGGGAUUAAAUUUACGCAAAUUAUGAAGUUUGUUUAAUUAUUUUUUAUUUCAAAAUACUUAUAAAAAUAAUUUAAUAAAGUUUGUUCUUAACGAAUUAAGUUUAACGGCUAAAUCGCUGACCAACGUUAAUUCAGCGGCAUUAGCUUAACUGAAUCGACCAACCCUAGCUCGCUCUGUUACAAAACUCAACCCUUAGCCAAGCCAGGCCGAAGCAGAGUUUAGCUCAUUUUGACUCUCAAGUCCAAACCCAAGUUGCCCAACCCCUCACCUGGAUUUAGCUCGCUCAGCCUCAGCCGCCCCACUAACAGAGAGACAAAAGACACCCUCAUCUUCUCAAAAAGUCUCCUCUUUCAUGGAGGCCAGACGAGUCUAGCCACCACUAAAUUAAACACAAAACGUUACUAAAUUUAACUCAAAUCUGCUGGUAUCGGAGCAAGUAUUUGCUAAUAAACACUUACAAUAUAGUGCUUACAGUGAGAUCUGAUUGUAGUUUAAUUAGUUUAGUUUAGGUUAGCUGAGUUUUCAAUUAAUCUCUCUGUAAUGGAGGAAGACAAAGGAAUGCUUGUACAGAGUCUGAUCGAUACAGUUAACGACAUAGCGUCAAUCUCAGAUUACAGGAGCACGGUCAAGAAACAGUACUGUAAUUUAGCUAGAAGAUUGAAGUUGCUGACACCAAUGUUUGAGGAAAUCAAAGAAAGCAAAGAAGAGAUUCCGGAAGAAACUGCUAAAGCUUUUGUUUCGUUGAAGGAGGCUUUAGAUUCAGCUAAAGAGUUGCUCAGAUUUGGCAGCGAAGGCAGCAAGAUUUACCUGGUCCUAGAAAGGGACGAAAUUAUGCAAAAAUUCUUUGACGUGACAGCUCAGUUGGAACAAACUUUAAGUGCAAUUUCCUAUGAGAAGCUUGACAUCUCAGAUGAAGUCAAAGAACAGGUUGAGCUUGUCCUUGUUCAGUUCAGAAGAGCCAAAGGAAGGGUUGACUCACCCAAUGUUGAACUUUAUGAGGACCUUUUGUCCCUUUACAACAAGAACAAUGAUGCAGCAAUAGAUCCAGCUGUCCUAAGGAGAUUGGCUGACCAACUGCAAUUGAUGGGAAUAUCUGACUUGACUCAAGAAUCACUGGCUUUACAUGAAAUGGUUACUACAUCUGGUGGAGAUCCUGGGGAGAGCAUUGAGAAGAUGUCAAUGCUGUUGAAGAAAAUUAAAGAUUUUGUGCAAACAGAGAACCCUAACUUGGAUGCUCCUUCGAAAGAAAAGAAUCUUUGUCCAAGUCAUGGUGGACAAGCAUCUAGUGAUAGGAACCACAAGGCCCCCGUUAUACCAGAUGACUUCCGUUGUCCAAUAUCCCUGGAGUUGAUGAAGGAUCCUGUCAUUGUUUCAACUGGACAGACCUAUGAGCGUUCCUGCAUUGAGAAAUGGCUGGAAGCAGGACAUGGCACAUGUCCGAAGACACAGCAGACUCUCUCUGGUACUGCACUCACACCCAAUUAUGUCCUCCGUAGCCUUAUAGCUCAAUGGUGCGAGGCAAAUGGCAUUGAACCACCAAAACGACCCAGCAGUUCACGACCCAGUAAGACGUCAUCUGCCUGUUCACCUGCUGAACGCGCCAAGAUUGAGAUUCUCCUUAGCAAGCUAACAUCUGGUAACCCUGAGGAUCAGAGAUCUGCUGCUGGUGAAAUCCGUCUUCUUGCCAAGCGCAAUGCAGAUAAUCGUGUUGCCAUUGCUGAAGCUGGUGCAAUCCCUCUCCUCGUAGGCCUGCUUUCCACACCUGACUCUCGUACCCAGGAACAUGCUGUCACAGCUCUUCUUAACCUUUCCAUAUGUGAAGAAAACAAAGGGAGUAUUGUCUCAUCGGGGGCGGUUCCUGGUAUAGUUCAUGUACUGAAAAAAGGGAGCAUGGAAGCACGAGAAAAUGCUGCAGCAACCCUAUUUAGCCUUUCGGUCAUUGAUGAAAACAAAGUUACUAUUGGUGGUUCUGGAGCCAUCCCACCACUGGUCACACUUCUAAGUGAAGGUACCCAAAGGGGGAAGAAGGAUGCUGCAACUGCUCUCUUUAAUUUGUGCAUCUACCAAGGGAACAAGGGAAAGGCUGUGAGGGCUGGAGUUGUUCCUACCCUGAUGCAUUUGCUGACAGAACCUGGAGGUGGAAUGGUGGAUGAAGCACUGGCCAUACUAGCUAUACUUGCUAGCCAUCCUGAAGGAAAAGCAGCCAUUGGGGCUGCUGAAGCAGUGCCAGUAUUGGUGGAGGUUAUUGCAAAUGGAUCUCCAAGGAACAAAGAGAAUGCUGCUGCUGUUUUGGUGCACCUUUGUGGUGGAGACCAACAAUAUCUAGCAGAGGCUAGGGAACUAGGGGUGAUGAGUCAUCUGUUGGAUUUGGCACAGAAUGGGACAGACAGGGGCAAGCGAAAGGCUGCACAGUUGCUCGAGCGAAUGAGUAGAUUUAUUGAGCAACAAAAGCAGGCUCAGUUGCAAACAGAAAAUCAAUCCGUGUCUCAGACACAAAGCCCCCAGUCAUCAUCAAUGACAACUGGUGUGGAUAGUUGAGGUAUUUUGUUUUAUUAAUCCCUUCGUUGAUCCUUUUGUUUCUUUACAUUUUGCAUUGAAAGAGGCCGCCUGGCUGUGGAAGGGGAGGUGGAAGAUCACCUACCCAAUCUGUAAGUGUUAUUAAUUUGUUUGCGUGGAAGGAUUGAGGACAAUAGAUGGAAGAGAUUAAUCAUAGAGCAAUCAGAUACAAAGAAAGGAAAGGGACGAAGAUCCAAUCUACAAACCUCUAAUGUUAUUUGUAUCCAAUAUUGUAUCAUGAAUGACUGUGAUCAUCCUCAAAUUUUUAGUGAAGAGAUGUUUCCUGUAAUCAAGUUAAAAGCUAUAUAUAAACCCGACUCUUUACGUCCUCA